AUGACCGAUUUUACCUGGACUCCUCCUCCACUGCAUCGGUUACCCCAGGUGGCCGACUGUUGGCUGCCAGCGAAGCUGCCACUGAUGAUGAUCGGACUAGUGACGGACGCGCGGGACGUGCCCUGCAACGAUCCAAUGCCGAACGAGACAGAUCUCACCGAGUUGGCGCAAUCGCGCACGCUGGUCAACAAAGCAGCGCCACGGAUGGACGCCCUUCGCUUGGAUGCGUCCAAAGCUCGUGAGGACGCAGAAGCAGCACGACGAGAAGCGGCGGCGGCGUCGAAGAAAGCGCAAGACGGUGCGACAUCGUUAUCGGAUCUCGCACAGCGGCAUAAGGUGGCUGGGAAGCGACUGGAGGAGUUGAAGAGGAAGAUCACUCGGCUGACUCAGCAUAACACCGUUCUACGGCGUGAGAACGUCGACUUCAAGAACAGUUUGGAGCAUCGUCAGGCUGAUCUCGCAACAGCUCAGGAUCGCGCAGCGGCUGCAGAACGAGAGCGAGCGGAGGCCUCCCUCGCUCGCGACGACUUGCAGGCGGAGCUGGAUGCGAGUCGACAGUCGCUGCUGAAGGAGCAGGCUUCUUCUGCUGAUCUCCGCAGCAAACUAGCGGAGCGUGAGGAACACCUUGGAGCGUUGCGCAACUUGAUCAAUCUGGUACCUGCGCCGACUCCGCAACCUGAGGUGGAACGAUGCGUGGCGUCGGCCGCCUCCAGUUCGUCUCUUGCCACACUGGCGUCAGCGGCCACGAGCCUUGUCUCCUCUGAUCCUCCAGCGCGAACAUCUUCGCAGCAGCUCCCGUCUGGCUCGGCAAAGCGAAGUGGAGAUCUCUCUUCUGAUCCAACGUCACAGUCGAAGCGUCCAAAGCGCGCCGUUGCGACUACCGAGGGAGUGCCAGCUGAGUUGUCUUCCUCUACGGCGAUGGCCCGAAGCCCAUUCACGCACGCAAUUCCACCUGAGUCCAGCGAAGCUGCGCGCCCUGCCGAUGUCACGCCGUGGCUGUGGGAGGUUGUUGCAGGUCACCGCCUUGACCAGCUUACAGCCAAAGACCUCGCUUCGAAGUUUUUACCACGCGACUGGCUGCUACCCGCCAGGGUGUGCAACCCUAAGAAGGGGAAGCUGGCCGUUCCUGCUGACUAUCGGCCCUGGCCACAAGCCUCGGCCGAAGCUUUAUACAAAGCGAGUCCCUGGAAGAUCUUCCUGGAUAACAUGCCCGACCCAGUCUCGUUCGACAUUGGAGAUCCCCGCUUCCAACCUCUUCUGGCCAUCAUCCGCGAUGUGCUGACUCGGAACGAUAAUCGUGGCGCACUUGUGUUCUGGGAGAUCACCCACUCCAUCGAGAUUUCCAUUUCCAAGGCCAGCGCUAAGUCUUGGGAGGUGAAGUUCACUUUGGAUCGUAAGAAUCGGAGAUCCCACUUUGUGAAGAUGCUGCUGCCUGUGUUCGAAGAGGUGGCCCGCCUGUGCAAGACUCAUGUGUGCGACUUGGACAUUCUUCUGGAGCCAUUCUUCCUGCCGCUGAUCGCAACGUGCCCGUGGUUCCCUAAGGGAGCUUCUGGUGCCUCUGGAGAUCUGUUACACGUCUUACGAACGACUAACGAGGCGGAGCCGUGGCGCCUGUUCUACUGGAACGCUCGUGCCAAACACCCAUCGAUGAACGAACCCAUCCACACGAGCCUUCGAGGCAAGUUCAAGGCGACCUCGUCAAUCGCCUAG